CUGAUCAUCAGUCCCAGCAGAACUCAACACUUCACAUCUGUCUCUCUCUCUCUGAGCUGUGAGGACCAGAGUAACUCUGAUAGAUGGAGAGUGAGAAGAUACACAGAGAGUUGGGGGCUGCAAGAUUGUUCGUCAUCACUGUGGGGAUCACAAACAGGAUCUACAUGUACAAUCAGCUCGAUUAUUGCUUCAGACACUGGCGUGUACUGGUGUCAGUCUGAAUCUGGAGAAAAAUAUCAUCCUGUUAAUAUCACUGUACACUUUUUUGUGAUUCUGGAGAGUCCUGUUCAUCCUGUGACUGAAGGAGAUACUCUGACUCUACGCUGUUUAAAUCAACAUUCAACCCCACCAAACCUCAGAGCUGAUUUCUACAAAGAUGGAUCACUCAUUCAGAAUCAAACUACAGAGAUGAUCAUCUCUAAUGUCUCAAAGUCACAUGAGGGUUUCUACUACUGCAAACACCCAGAGAGAGGAGAGUCACCCAAGAGCUGGAUCUCUGUUAGAGGAGUCUCAAAUGAAUGCUGCUGUAAAUUGUCUCAUUCAGAAUCUCAGAUCUCUGUCCUCCACACACUCAGUUCUGUACUGGCAGUUUGUCCAUAUCUGAUAGUGACUGUCGUGCUGAUUUUCAAAUGCUGCAGGAUGAGAGUUUCAUGUUGAAGAGGAAGAAACUUUAAUUUAAUCUGUUGUGAUGGUGAGAAAAUCAACUUCAUCUUAAAUGCAGAACUCCCUUACUGAUCGCUCUGUGUGUGUGUGUGUGUGUGUGUGUGUGUGUGUGUGUGAAAUACAGGAGUCAUCC